UCUCUCUCUCUCACACACACACACACAUACACACAUACACACGCCCAUUUAUAUAGGCGGCGGCAGUGGCCAGGGCGGCGGCAACGGGCUCAGGAACGAUGGAGCUGAGCCAGCUGACCCCGGUUGGAAGCAAGUGAGGAGGAUCCAAGCACACCCCGAGAUUUCUCUGCUCAGCGCUUGUCAUCUUUCCUAGACAGCCGUGCACCCGGACGAGGACAGGUCGGACUAAGCUGUGAAGGAGAGGGUGGGGAAGAGGAGGAGGCCAGGUGAGCAGAGAAGCCCUCGGCGUAGCUGGACGGCCCGGAUCGCUCCUUGCCGGACUCCUGCCCUCUCCUUGCUCAGGUGGGCGCGUCAGGUCCCUAGCUCACAAGGGACGCUCGGAGGAGAACGGAAAGUCGCGGCUUGGCUGUGCGGGAUGCCUUUCGCCAAGCGGAUCGUGGAGCCGCAGUGGCUUUGCCGGCAGCGGCGCCCGGCUCCUGGCCCAGAUGAGGACACGAGUGGAGGCAGCGUGGAGCCGCCGCCCCUGCAGCCGCCUGGCCGGCGGGAAGAGGCCGAAGCACCGGGGCCAGAGGAGCCUCCCCGUGUGCCCCCUGCGCCUCUCCCACUACCACCACCUCCGCCGUCUUUGCCGGCUCCGGCCGAGCAGGUCCAGCAGCCACCCGGCGAGGCGCACGAGGCAGGAGAGGAGAGCGUGGCGGGGGUCCCGGAGGCGGAAUCGGCCACCGGCGAGGCGUCCUCGGCUACGGCCGAGGCUGUGCUGCUCAUGUUAGAUCUGUGCGCGGUCAGCAACGCUGCGCUGGCCAGAGUCCUCCGGCAGCUCUCAGACCUGGCCCGGCACGCGUGCAGCCUCUUCCAGGAGCUCGAGAGCGACAUCCAGCUUACUCACCGCCGCGUCUGGGCACUUCAGGGCAAGCUCGGCAGCGUGCAGCGCGUCCUCAGCACGUUGGACCCCAAGCAGGAGGCAGUGCCUGUCUCCAACUUGGACAUUGAGAGUAAGUUGAGUGUAUACUACCGUGCACCAUGGCACCAACAGCGAAACAUCUUCCUCCCAGCCACCAGGCCACCCUGUGUGGAGGAGCUGCACCGCCAUGCCAGACAGAGUCUGCAAGCCCUGCGCAGAGAACACCGGAGCCGAAGUGAUCGACGGGAGCAAAGAGCUGCUGCUCCUCUCUCCAUAGCUGCUCCACCACUGCCAGCCUACCCUCCAGCUCACAGCCAGAGGAGGCGUGAGGCCAAGGACCGCCACUUCCUAACGUUUAACAGCACCCGCUCGCCCUCCCCCACUGAGUGUUGCCACAUGGCCCCAUGGAGUAGAAAGUCCCACUCUCCAGAGGAUGAAGAAACAGAUGUCAUGUUAGGACAGAGGCCGAAAAAUCCAAUACACAAUGUCCCCUCUACACUGGACAAGCAGACCAACUGGAGCAAAGCGCUACCUCUCCCGACUCCCGAGGAGAAGAUGAAACAAGAUGCCCAAGUGAUUUCUUCUUGCAUUAUUCCCAUCAAUGUCACUGGAGUUGGUUUUGACAGAGAAGCUAGUAUACGCUGUUCUCUUGUUCAUUCACAAUCUGUGCUACAGCGGAGACGAAAAUUGAGGAGAAGGAAAACCAUCUCGGGGAUUCCCAGAAGAGUGCAACAAGAAAUAGAUUCUGAUGAAUCACCAGUGGCCAGGGAAAGGAAUGUGAUUGUGCACACAAACCCAGACCCCUCCAACACUGUCAAUAGGAGGUCAGGAACCAGGGAUUCAGAAUGCCAAACUGAAGAUAUUCUGAUUGCUGCCCCAUCCAGAAGGAGAAUCAGAGCUCAAAGGGGUCAAAGCAUUGCAGCUUCCCUUUCUCAUUCUGCUGGCAAUAUCUCUGCACUGGCAGACAAAGGCGAUACCAUGUUUACUCCUGUAGUGAGCAGCCGCACAAGAUCUCGGAGCCUUCCUCGGGAGGGAAAUAGAGGUGGAGAUGCUGAACCCAAAGUUGGUGCUAAGCCCUCAGCAUAUGAAGAAGGAGAGCCUUUCGUGGGUGACCAUGAAAGAACCCCUAACGAUUGUAGUGAAGCUCCGAGCAGCCCAAGUGCAAAGGAACACCAGCCUGCUUUGGGCCUGGCCUGUUCUCAACAUCUUCACAGCCCUCAGCACAAGUUAAGUGAGAGGGGGAGGUCUCGUCUGUCCCGAAUGGCGGCUGACUCUGGAAGCUGUGACAUCUCCUCCAACUCAGACACCUUUGGAAGCCCCAUCCAUUGCAUUUCCACAGCUAGUGUCCUCCUUAGCAGCCACAUGGACCAGAAAGAUGACCACCAGUCGUCCAGUGGUAAUUGGAGUGGGAGCAGCUCUACAUGCCCAUCACAGACCUCAGAGACAAUCCCUCCAGCAGCUUCUCCUCCCCUCACUGGCUCUUCCCACUGUGACUCCGAAUUGUCACUUAACACUGCUCCUAAUGCUAAUGAAGAUGCCAGUGUCUUUGUGACAGAACAGUACAGUGACCACUUGGAUAAAGUAAGAGGCCACCGGGCAAAUUCCUUCACCUCCACUGUUGCAGAUCUGCUGGAUGAUGCCAACAACAGCAAUACCAGUGACAGUGAGUGGAAUUAUCUGCACCACCAUCAUGAUGCAUCCUGCCGCCAAGAUUUUAGUCCUGAGCGUCCAAAGGCAGAUAGCCUGGGCUGCCCAAGCUUCACAAGCAUGGGCACCUAUGACAGCUUUCUGGAAAAGUCUCCUUCAGACAAAGCAGAUACUAGCUCUCAUUUCUCAGUGGACACAGAAGGAUACUAUACCUCGAUGCACUUUGACUGUGGUCUCAAAGGUAGUAAGAGCUAUGUCUGUCACUAUGCAGGCCUGGGCCCAGAGAAUGGUCAGGGUGUAGGAGUUCCUCCUGGUCUUCCAGACUGUGCCUGGCAAGACUACAUAGACCACAGGAGGCAGGGGAGACCAAACAUCUCUUUCAGGAAACCAAAGGCAAAGCCAACUCCACCUAAACGUAGCUCAUCGUUGAGAAAGUCUGAUGAAAAUGCAGACAUUUCUGAGAAGAAAGAACCAAAGAUAAGCACUGGUCAGCAUCUGCCUCACAGUUCCAGGGAAAUGAAGCUGCCUCUUGAUUUCUCCAACACACCUUCUCGAGUGGAAAAUGCCAAUCUGCCUGCAAAGCAAGACUCUUCUUGGAUAAACCAGAGUGAACAUGCUAUUAAGGAACCUCAGUUGGAUGCUACAGACAUUUCACCAUUCAAAGAUGAAGGUGCUGAAUCAACUCACUAUGCAGACCUCUGGCUUCUAAAUGACUUGAAAACAAAUGAUCCUUACAGAUCCUUGUCUAAUUCAAGCACAGCUACGGGUACCACAGUUAUCGAGUGCAUCAAAUCUCCGGAGAGCUCUGAAUCCCAGACAUCCCAGUCAGAAUCAAGGGCAACCACCCCAUCUCUUCCUUCUGUAGACAAUGAGUUUAAACUGGCUUCACCAGAAAAGCUGGCUGGCUUAGCAUCUCCAUCAAGUGGCUACUCAAGCCAAUCAGAGACGCCAACCUCCUCUUUCCCUACAGCUUUCUUUUCAGGUCCAUUGUCUCCUGGAGGUAGCAAAAGGAAACCUAAAGUCCCAGAAAGGAAAUCCUCACUACAGCAACCAUCUUUAAAAGAUGGAGCCCUAUCAUUGAGUAAAGAUUUGGAACUUCCAAUUAUACCUCCUACUCACCUUGACCUAAGUGCUCUUCAUAAUGUUUUGAAUAAACCAUUACACCACCGUCACCCAUUGCAUGUUUUUACUCAUAAACAGAACACAGUAGGAGAUAUGCUGAGGUCAAAUCCUCCACCAUCUCUUGCAAUUACACCAACAGUCCUGAAAUCGGUCAACCUUAGGUCCAUCAGUAAGUCUGAAGAAGUUAAGCAAAAGGAGGGCGACAAUACAGAACUCCCCUGCUUAGAAGAGAGUACCGUCACAGUGGCUUCUGUGGCUUCUUCGUCUCCAGGUAAAACAAGGCCACACACAGCAAAGAAAUCAAUAUCACGCCAGUACUCUGCUGAAGACACCCUCCUGUCCUUUGUAGAUUCCUCUCCAGUUGAAAUGGGGCCAGAGAAACAUUUGGAAAAAAACCCCACUUUGGAUGUGAAGAGUCAUUGCGAUCCAGAAACUGUAACCUCAGCUAGUAGCAAUCAUCCAGAUUCAAAUGUGAUGAAAGACCAAAUACGGAUGGAAAGUGAGCUUAUUCCAGAAAACAUACCAAGUAAGAAUUAUGGAUUCUCAACAGGAUUUCAGAGGGUGUCUGCUGCCCGCCCCAGUGAUUUGGGUAGUAAAAUGAUGCAGUACGGAGUUAGUCCAGAUGGAGCCCCACAACAAGGACAGAAGGCACCCUCUGGAGUUGGGGAAGAAGGUGUGAAACCAGAAUCUGUGGAUGGAAUCACAUUUCAAGUUAACUCACCAACUAGAAUAACAGACAUAAGCAGUCAACAUAAGCAUCGUAUUGUGAGCCGCCACCAUGACAAAGUGCCUGUGACUAUCCGCCAUGAGUCAGAGAUGCCAACUAUAAAUUCAUUCCCUGAAAAAUGUUCUGAGCAGGAAAAUAUUGCUUCAGGUAUUUCACCCAAAAGUGCCUCUGAUAACAGCAGAGCAGAGGAGACCCAAGGAAGUAUGGAUGAGACUUCAUUGAAAGAAUCAUCACCAAGUGAUGACUCCAUCACUUCACCACUCAGUGAAGACUCUCAAGCUGAAGCUGAGGGUGUGUUUGUGUCUCCAAACAAACCUCGAACAACUGAGGAUCUAUUUGCUGUCAUUCACAGGUCCAAGAGGAAAGUCCUUGGAAGAAAAGAUUCUGGGGACAUGGCUGUUAGAAGCAAGUCCAGAGUUCCCCUUGGCAGCAAUAGCGGCAGUGCCAGCUCUGUCCCUUCAACCAGCAGCACUGUGACAGCUGGGACUAGCCAGAGGUCUCCUGGUCUCAUCUACCGAAAUGCCAAAAAGUCCAACACAUCUAACGAAGAGUUUAAGCUCCUGCUUCUCAAGAAAGGCAGUCGCUCAGAUUCUAGUUACCGAAUGUCUGCCACGGAAAUCCUGAAGAGCCCUAUCCUGCCCAAGCCUCCUGGAGAGUUCACUUCAGAGUCCCCACAAAGCCCUGAUGAUACCCACCAGGGCACACCUGGGGCUGAAGCACUGUCCCCUCUGUCACCAUGCUCUCCACGAGUCAAUGCAGAAGGAUUUUCCUCAAAAAGCUUUGCCACCUCAGCGUCAGCGCGGGUUGGACGUUCCCGGGCCCCACCUGUGGCCAGCAGCAGCCGCUACAGUGUCCGCUGUCGGCUGUACAAUACGCCGAUGCAGGCCAUCUCCGAGGGAGAGACUGAAAACUCUGACGGGAGCCCACAUGAUGACCGAUCCUCCCAGAGCUCUACAUAGUUUGCCUGAGCCAAGCUGACCUCAGAUGUCUAACCCCUAACUAAGGAAAGGAUUUUGUGACACCAUAGAGGGGGAGAAGUGGCAACAGGGCAGGGCGGGGCAGUGGGGGGCGGCGGGACGUGGGUGGUGUGGCAUCAUUGCUUGACAAUGAGCUUCUAAAUAUGCGUUGGAGAAACAGAAAGUGAUUAAGUAAUUUUUAUUAGUUUUCAUGUUUUAGGUAGCAGUUCUGUCUGUCGUGGUUUUCUUUGGCAUAGUUUGAUUUACCCGAUCUCAUUCCUUGUGAUAAUAGAGAAUACAAAAAUAUCUAACUUUCUUGAAACCUAGACAAGAUUUUCCCAGAGCUGCCUAUUCCGAAAAUAAAGCCCUCACUGUCAUACUUUAAGAAGAUUAAAUUACUCUGGAGGUUUGGUAUUUUUUUACAUUAAAAUGAACUAAAGCAAAAUUUAGAUGAAAGAACUACACAUAUGUAAAUACCAUAUUUUUGAUAAAAUGUGUAAAUAGAUUUAUCAAUGAUGAGUGGACAAGUGGCCAAUUAUCUACCACAUACCAACUGUUUAUAGGACACAUACAAAUAAAGUAUAAUAACUGUAUUCUGUGAAUACCAUUUUCAUAUCAAAUACCAUAUUUAAAUGUCCACCAACAUGAUUUCUGAGUGAUAAACCUCAAAUAUGAAUUUAAAACUGGUGAAAUAAUGGAAAUAUUGAGGUCAUGUACUGAAAUGUGAUUAAUUUAAAAUAGUGAAUUCAGACCUAAUCAUUGUUGUGACAAAUUAUAGCAGAAACAAGCUAAUGUCAGUUUGUGGCUGUGAUUUGCCAUGUGGCAAUUUGAACAGAAUGAAAGCAUGCUUUUGAUUUUUUUAACCAACGAGAGAAAUCAUCAUUCUCAAUGGAAAGACCCCUCCCCUCCCCCAAUAGCAUUAAACAGUGUCCUUUAGAAUCUAAUUUUUUCAAUGGAUUGCUUUAAGGAGAAUGAGUAGAGAAACCAGUAGUUAAUUUUAGGUCUUGUUUUAUAUAAGGCUACUGGGGACAAAGAGUCAUACUCCAAUGACUAUACUCUUUAAGCUUCUUAAUUAGCUCCAGGUUCUUAAACUAACAAAUAAGACCUAAGCAUGCCACAGAGCUAUUGAAUUCUCAGUAAGUACCUGCAAUGAGUUUUCCACAAAGCUUUCUCUCUGUGCUGAUGAGACUCAUGCUACCUAAAACUUAACAGAAAUGACACUGUGAACAAUGUAGUUGGGAAGUAGGUAUGUGUAUAUGCAUUAUUUAUAUUCACUCUUCAACUGGCCAUGGGGAGCAGCUCUGGUUCACAAUGCUACAUACAACAAAUUUUUGUCUGGUUCUACUAGAUCUGCUUGAUGGCAAAAGGGGAGGGUGGUGGGUGGGAAAGGAAAUGUCAGGGCAAGUGCCCUGAUAAAAUGAAGGCAGGGAAACAAGCUGAAUUACUUGAAAUUACUUGAAUUUUCUUGUCUUAAAACUGAAAAAAAAAAAAGUAUAGUAACAAGUUGAAAUCUGCAAGUGGUUCUCACACCUCUGAUUUUAACAUGAACUGAUACUGUGUUUGAAAUCAUAUGUCAGAAAUAUAAGCACCUAUGUACUUAGAAUAGGUUUUGAUGGGAGAAGUAGAAAUUAGAACUGAGAAGGGGUCUGAUCUGUGAAAGACUAGAACGUGAUGACAAUGACGGAACACGCCAGGGUUGCCAAGAGAUUGAUAGGCAGCUGGCUGUAUGCCUCUGCAAAUGGUAUUGGAGAAAGGAAGAUGGAUGAAAGGAUUCACUCAUGCUAAAUGAAGGAGAAAGUCUGGUCGAAGAAGACAAUGUCUUUCAAUAGAAAUUUGUUAUAAUAAUAUUUACAGAUUAAGAAUUAAAGAAUCUGUUGUUUGUGUUUUGUUGGGGGGGGGGGAAGUCUGGCUUCUUCUAUUAUUUCUCUUUACUACCAAAUUGUAUUAGUUAAGUUCUUGUCAUUCUUGUAUGUAAAAUGGGUGUUGGGGGUGGAGGGGUAGAGGAGGAGACUGAGAAACUGGGAGAGAGAAUG